AAUAGUAUACGCCUGUAAGGCAUAUAAACUUUUCCCUUUUAGUAAACCUCUCUUCCUCUUCCCAUCGCCUCAGUCUCGCCAUCCACCCUCUGCUUCACCUCACCCUUGGCCCGUAACAAAACUACUUCUCUUCUCUCUCUCUAAAACCACACAUCCUCUUAAAACUUUCUCGUCAGCCCUAAACCUAAACCCUUAUCGUAGACCCCAGGUUCUCUCAUUCUCUCUAUCUAUCUUUCUCUCUCCCGAAAACCAAAACCUUGAGCUUGGUGUGUGCCUAAUGGGGAGCUCCGAAAAUUGUAAUGGCUCCUUUCACCAUGAGUCAGGGCCCAGAGCUCCAAGUUAUGGCGUCGAGAAGGGAGUCGACUUUGCCAACUACUUUUGCACUUACUCCUAUCUCUACCAUCAGAAGGAAAUGCUCUCUGAUCGUGUUCGCAUGGACGCCUAUUACAAAUCCAUCUUCAGAAACAGGGAUCACUUUGAAGGAAAGAUUGUUUUGGAUGUAGGCACCGGAAGUGGAAUACUAGCAAUCUGGUCUGCACAAGCUGGAGCAAAAAAGGUGUAUGCUGUUGAAGCAACCAAAAUGUCUGAACAUGCUCGUGCACUUGUAAAAGCAAAUCAUGUCGAGGACAUUGUUGAGGUUAUUGAGGGUUCCAUGGAGGAUGUAACUUUGCCAGAGAAAGUUGACAUCAUUAUCUCAGAAUGGAUGGGUUAUUUUCUAUUACGCGAAUCUAUGUUUGAUUCGGUGAUUUGUGCCCGUGACCGCUGGCUAAAAUCAACUGGAAUAAUGUAUCCAAGUCAUGCACGCAUGUGGGUAGCACCUAUCAGAUCAGGUUUGGUGGAGCAGAAGCAGAGUGAUUAUGAUUCUGCAAUGUCUGAUUGGUUCAAUUUUGUAACUGAUACAGAUGCCUAUUAUGGGGUCGACAUGAGUGUUUUAACAAAGCCUUUCCGCAAAGAGCAAAAUAAAUACUAUCUGCAAACGUCAUUGUGGAAUAAUCUCCAUCCCGACCAAGUCAUAGGCACUCCAGCUGUCAUCAAAGAAAUCGAUUGUCUGACUGCCACUGUAGAUGAUAUUCGUAAUGUUCAAGCAGAAUUCACAUCAUCCAUCACCAUAGAGAGGAGCAGGCUUUGUGGAUUUGCUGGGUGGUUUGAUGUUCAUUUUCUGGGAAGUCCGGCCAACCCGGCGAAGAAUGAGAUUGAGUUGAACACGGCUCCAAGCGAAGAGGAUGGUACACAUUGGGGCCAACAGGUAUUCCUCUUACAUCCAUCUCCCCGUGUGAGUCAUGGUGAUGCCAUAAAGGUAUCAUUUCUGAUGACUCGUUCUGAAGAAAACCAUCGGUUAAUGAAUGUCUCUCUUUCGUAUGAGAUGGUGCAACCCUGUGGGACGUCACACUCACGUGUAACAUCAAAGUUUUAUAUUGAAUGAAGGGUUGGAACGUAACCACGGUGACCAAAGCGUGGUUACAUUACCCUGAUGGUGUAUAGUAGUGCACUGUGCAAUACUCUUUCCUGGGUAAUCUUUAUAGAUGGCAAGUUUGCUUGUUGGAUCUUCUUGUAAGGUUUGGACAAUGGGAUCCUCGAUUUGGAGCCAUGUUAUUGUGGCUAAAUGCAUAUAAAUUAAUGGAUUAUAUUAUGUCUCAUUCACCUUUUUGUUGGUAAUUUAAGAAGCAAAUAAGUUUUGAA